GCGGGGCGACAAUUUACCUACAAAUUACCUACAACUUCCUUACUAUCUAAUACUUUACAUGUACCGAAUCCAACGAGGUGGUGGAUUACUGACCCAUUUCCGACGAUAUAGAAAUCUCACAGCCAUGACGCUCAGAACCAUCAACGCAAAAGAUGCGGCGUCUCUUGACAGGGACCUCAUGAAUGAAGGAGGUUUCUCCCUCGAUCAAUUAAUGGAGCUGGCGGGGCUGUCUGUAUCACAGGCUGUUUAUCGAGUUCAUCCUCCAUCCAAAGGAAGGAAUGUUCUCGUAGCCUGUGGCCCGGGAAAUAACGGGGGUGAUGGGCUUGUUGCCGCUCGUCAUCUUGCACACUACGGAUAUAAACCAACUGUAUAUUACCCGAAACAAGGCAAGAAUGAAUUAUACGAGCGCCUGAAAACCCAACUUCACAACCUCUCGGUCCCAUUCACAAGCGACUUUCUAGGUUCCCUCCAAACUAGCGAUUUGGUAAUCGACGCAAUCUUCGGGUUCUCCUUCUCGGGACCGCUUCGGGACCCGUUCCCCAAAGUAAUCUCCCUCAUGGAGGAAACCCAGGUACCCGUCCUGAGUGUGGAUGCCCCUAGCUCAUGGGAUAUAGAAGCUGGCCCACCGAAGGAAGGACCCGGAGCAAAAUUUAUGCCGCAAACGCUGAUCAGCUUGACAGCUGCGAAGCCUUUGGUUAAAUGGUUUAAGGGGAGGCACUUUUUGGGAGGCAGGUUUUUGACCAAGGGUGUUGUGGAGAGGUAUGGCUUGGAUAUCCCUGAAUAUCCCGGGGUAGAGCAGAUUGUUGAGGUGGAUGUUAAUGGGGAAGGGAAAUUAUAAAGGCAUGAAAUAGCUUUACGGGGAGUAGGUAUUAUACAUCAUCAUCCCUUU